AUGGCGACGCUCUAUUUAAACCCACCGUCGUCUUCCCCAAUUCUCCUCAUUCCCAAAAUUCCUCAAUCCAAUAAUCCAAUCUCUCCAGUCUCAAUUCCAAUCGACGAUUCAAAUUUCAAAAACUCGAAAAAAAUGUUCAGUUUUGAAGAAUCCGCCGGCGCCGGAGACACGACGUUCUCGCGGCGCUGCGUCUGGGUGAACGGCCCCGUCAUCGUCGGCGCCGGCCCGUCGGGGCUCGCCGUCGCCGCCGGCCUCAAGCUCCAAGGCGUUCCCUUCGUCGUCCUCGAGCGAUCCGACUGCAUUGCCUCCCUGUGGCAGCACCGCACCUACGACCGGCUGAAACUUCACCUCCCAAAACAGUUCUGCCAGCUGCCGUACCGGCCGUUUCCCGAUCACUUUCCGGCGUACCCUUCGAAGCGGCAAUUCGUCGAAUACUUGGAAGGCUACGCCGCCGAGUUCGGAAUUGCUCCGAAAUUCAACGAGCGCGUCGAAUCGGCCAAGUACGACGAGGUCUGCCGCCUGUGGAGAGUCCGCACGGCGUCGCCGGAAAAUAUGGAGGUCGAGUACAUCUGCCAAUGGCUGGUGGUCGCCACCGGCGAGAAUGCCGAGCGCGUUUUUCCGGAGAUCCCCGGGCUGGGGGAAUUCUCCGGCGAAGUAAUCCACGCCUGUGAUUACAAGUCCGGCGAGAAAUUCCGGGGGAAGAAGGUCCUCGUCGUCGGCUGCGGCAACUCCGGCAUGGAAGUUUCCCUCGAUCUCUGCAACCAUGGCGGAAAUCCGGCGAUGGUUGUUCGAAGCACAGUCCACGUCUUGCCCAGAGAGGUCGCCGGAAAAUCGACCUUCGAGCUAGCAAUGCUGCUGCUACAAUGGCUGCCGUUGUGGCUGGUCGACAAGCUCCUCCUCCUCCUCGCAUGGCUGACGAUCGGAAACACCGCAAAGUACGGCCUGAAGCGCCCCACCGCCGGGCCAUUACAGCUGAAGAACAGUCACGGGAAGACGCCGGUUCUUGACAUCGGAGCGUUGGCCAAAAUCCGGUCCGGCGAAAUCCAGGUAGUUCCAGGGAUAACAAAACUGACACGCAACACGGCCGUGUUGAAGUCCGGCGAGAAUAUUCCGAUCGACGCGGUGGUUCUCGCCACCGGCUACCGGAGCAACGUGCCGUACUGGCUGCAAGACGACGGCGGGUUCUUCGGCGAGAACGGAUUCCCGAAAACGGCGUUCCCCAACGCGUGGAAAGGCGGCGCCGGACUGUACGCGGCGGGUUUCACGCGGAGAGGGCUUUCCGGCGCCGCCGCCGAUGCCGCGAAAAUCGCCGGAGACAUUGCGAGAGUGUGGAAAGAUGAGCUGAAGCAGAAGAAGCAGAAAGUGCCGACGCAUCGUCGCUGCAUUUCGACAUUCUGACAAAUCGAUCGAUAAUUAACUUUUUUUUAAAAAAACAGGAUAAUUAAUUAAUUGAAGAUUGAGUAUAUAGAUAGAUAGAUAGAUAAAUAUAUAUAUAUAUAUAUAGAUACAUUUGCAAUUAGAGUGCAAGA